CCGUAUUCCGUCUGUCCCGCAUUUGUAAUCGUGCGCCCUGCAGAACAAAUCCGCUGGACGGGCGCCUUCCGUCCUAUUGAGACGCAGGCAGCAUAGACACCAGCCUGCAUCCUGGGAGGACAGACGCCGAUCUGAGGCGAGGAGGGGAGACAAACAAACAAACAAACAAACAAACAAACAAAAAAACAGUGGAUCUGGGCGCUCCUUGCAGAUUUCGCCUUGGAAGUUGCAUGCGCGGCCGACGGAAUGGGACGCCCGGGCAGAGGCUGGGGAGGAUGGACGCUCCUGGUGUGGCUGCUCGCCGGCAGCCUGGCUCUGGACGCUCGGAGGGUCCGCCAGCCCCGGUGCCCCGCCGGAUGCACCUGCACCAAAGAUAAUGCCCUGUGUGAGAACGUGCGAUCCGUGCCUCACACUUUCCCGUCGGACGUCGUCUCGCUAUCUUUUGUCAAAUCUGGAUUCAAUGAAAUCACUGGAGGAAGCUUUGUUCAUACACCUGCCCUACAACUGCUAUUGUUCACAGCAAACUCUUUCGACCUUAUUGAUGAGGACGCAUUCCUCGGUUUAACGCAUCUUGAAUACCUAUUUAUUGAAAACAACAAGAUUGAAUUGAUCUCCCCGCACGCUUUCCGGGGCCUGAAAACACUGAUCCAUCUGAGUCUGGCUUACAACAACCUUGAGACGCUGCCCAAGGAUGUUUUCAAGGGAAUGGAUGCUUUGACUAAAGUGGAUCUGCGGGGCAACAGCCUGAUAUGCGACUGCAAGCUCAAGUGGCUGGUGGAGUGGAUGCAUCACACCAACGCCACCCUGGAUCAGAUCUACUGCAGCGGCCCGCCCAUCCACCAGGGGAAGAAGAUCAACGACCUGCUGCCGCACUCGUUUGACUGCAUCACGGCAGAAUUCGCUUCUUAUCAGUCGAUGAAGUUUGAAUCGAUUUCGGUGGAGGCCUUCACCUUUGGUAAGGAACAAUAUGUUGUGUUUGCUCAGCCCUUUGCUGGGACCUGCAGUUUCCUGGAAUGGGACCACGUCGAGAUGACCUUCAGAACCCAUGACACCAUCCAGAGCACCUCCACCGUGGUCUGCAAGCCCAUGGUCAUCGACAGCCACCUGUUCGUCAUCGUCGCCCAGCUGUUUGGCGGCUCGCACAUCUACAAGCGCGACACCUCCGCCAACAAGUUCAUCAAAAUCCAAGACAUCGACAUCCUGAAGAUCCGCAAGCCCAACGACAUCGAGACGUUCCUGAUCGACGGAGAGUCGUUCUUCGUCAUCGCCGACAGCUCAAAGGCUGGCUCCACAACAGUGUACAAGUGGAACGGCAACGGCUUCUACUCGCAUCAGUCGCUGCACCCGUGGUACCGGGACACGGACGUGGAGUACCUGGAGAUCUCCAACAAGCCACACCUGAUUCUGUCCAGCAGCUCGCAGAGGCCCGUGGUGUACCAGUGGAACCGGAGCCAGAAGCAGUUCGACCGCCGGACCGACAUACCGGAGAUGGAGGACGUCUUCUCGGUCAAGCAUUUCGCGGUGAAAGGUGAUCUAUUUAUAUGCCUGACAAGAUUCAUCGGGGACUCCAAGGUGAUGCGCUGGGACGGUGCCAUGUUUAAAGAGGUCCAGACGUUUCCUUCCCGCGGGUCUAUGGUGUUCCAGCCCGUCUCCAUCGGCAACUGGCAGUACGCCAUCCUCGGCAGCGAUUAUUCACUGACACAGGUUUACCAAUGGGACACCAAGAGAGGCCAGUUUGUCCCAUCCCAGGAGCUGAAUAUUCAGGCUCCCCGAGCGUUUUCUGUGCUCUCCAUUGACAACAGAGUGUUCCUACUUGCAUCCAGCUUCAAGGGGAAAACACAGAUCUACGAACACCUCAUGAUCGACCUGAGUAAUUAAAUUACAUAUUUUGAUUGGGGAAGAAGUGGCGAUUUUUGCAUAAAGCAUCCAAGUCACAUUUUGAAUCCGCCAAACCAAGUUCAGACAAAAAAAAAAAAAAACACAUUCAAGACAUAGUUCAACUUGUCUGAAGAGAUUUUUCUAAUAUAUUUCUGGAUUUUUAAGCUAAUUUAGGGAGGAAUUAAUGACUGGAUCGGUGUAGUGCUGAUUCUUUUUACUUUGAGAAAACUCAACAUACGUUCUUUGACACUGAAAAUGUACAGUAUUUUACGUGAUCCCUGAUAGCGACCGCAAACCACGCUGACUUUGAUAAAGUAAUUCUAUUUUUCUCGACGCCUUUUUUGCUACGUUUGAAAAUCUAACCGACGGGUGUUCAGAAUAUUUUAAGCUUGUUUUAAGCUCCUUCAUAGGACAUUCGCUGCAUUGAUAGUUGACAGUUAUUUACUCAAAAACAUUGAAAAAUACUUCUCUGAUUCCAUGAUGCCUGUCAAGAAAAUGGAAGCGAUCAUUUAGGACGAGACGUUUACCAACGUAGUUUCAUCUCCGCUGCAGUUUAGUGGAAAAAAUCUUCAAUCUGAAUCUUAAAUUCCCUCCUGUGUUUGAUGAUAAAAUGACAACACAGCUGCCAGAAAGGCAACCCGUGCAUCAAUCCUUAUAAUAUACCUGCAAAAUCAGUGUGAGGAACUUAAAAAAAAAACAAAACAAAACAAUAAUCUCUACCCUGCCUGUUCUCAAUUGAGCAAGACUGUACGCAUGAUACCGACAGUGGUGGUGUGGAGUUACCAUGAAUGACUUACUGGAAGCGUCCCACUGUGUCACCAGGCGCUCUCUCUUUCACUGCUCUCUUGCCCCCUUUCUCCCUAAUUGACAAAAACCAUUGUUGUCUUUACUCCGCAGCUAAAAGCCAACCACUGUGCAGCGCACACUACCUGUGCUUUCACACAGUCCUCUUAUUCCAACACAAAAGAAACUGAAUAUUGAUAACAAUUAACUUUCACUGACAACAAUCUGCC